AGUUCUUCACAAACUGCGCGCGAGCGUGCUCUGCAUUUGGAAGCCGGUAGGUGUAACGAUGACUACCAAGCUGCUUCCCCGGCGUAAGCUUUCAAGGAUACUAAUGUUGCCGUGGUCGUCUUCGUCUUCGUCUUCGUCUUCUUCCUCUUUCACUUCUGCUCUUGCCCUCUGGAUUUUCAUCGGCGAUGAUUCUCGAGGCCCUGCCACCAUUGAUUAUAGGGUAGGUGGGACUAUGUCUUGUUCGUUAUUUAUAAACCUAUGAUCUUCCUCUUAUGGUAAGAAAAACUAUGGGCGAGAUUCGAAAUCUUGAAAAGAAACGGAAGUUCGAAUAUGGUGAUAAUCUCCGAAUUAGUGGCUUUAACGUGGACUUUGGGGUAAUGACCUUAAGGCUUGGGGAUCUUGGCACUUACGUCUUGAACAAACAAACGCCAAACAGACAAAUUUGGCUAUCUUCCCCUUUGAGGUAUGAAUUAUGCUUCACAUUAAAUAGAAUCUACAAUGUUUAUCCUUUCCAUUUGUAUCAAAGAUAAUUUUAGGCCUUGUCCCUGUUUCCAUUUCAUGACAAAGUUCCAUUGAUACAUGCAUAUGUGGUGUCACAAUCAUACUUCUCUUGAUAACAAAUUUGGCGAUUGUAUGACACUCACUCUCAGCACAAAGUGAGUCAAGCCAACUUAGAAUUGUGUCGCCUACGGCUGGGCAACGUAUGCUCAAGCCUUUGCCCCGUUUUGAAAAACGAGGUAGAGAGAUUUUGAAAGCAAGAUUGAGAGAGAUGAAAACAAUGUUAUAUGACUACAAACAAAAGGCAACACAAAGGCUUAAAUAACAUAUAACUUUCUGGGUAGAGAGAAUUUGACAACUAGUCACAUCUCCCUAUUGUACAUUUUGAGGCGAUUCAAGUCUAGUAACCCAAGACGUGACUUUGCCGAAUGGUCAUACAAAAUCUAGGUGGGAGGAGUUAACGACUUGUCGCAUCCUUUUAUAGUACAUUCUGAAGUAUUUCAUGUCUACUAGGCAUAGACAUGAUUUUACCAAACAAUCAUAAACUUAGAAAAUACAAUAAAGAAAUUAUACCUCAUGAAAGUAGUAAAGAAAAGUAAUAAAGUGAUACAAGCUAAGGAUUUUGGCAUGUCACGGACAUAUGACCAUGGGUAACACGCCUUAGAAAAGCAUGACCGUGAAACGUAUCCCCAAGAUGUCUUUAACUUAUAUUAAAGCAGAAAAGAAUGGAUGAGACUACUUGAUUUUGGUCCUGAGAGAAAGAAAACCUCAAACAUAGUGGUUGGUUAUUUAUGUACUAAGACGAUGUAGUACCCAGAGCGCCAUCUUGGACGCAAAAAUUUCAAGACAAUGAUUUCAUCUAUAUGGGAAGCACAAUCUGCUUAACUCUUUGGUCCAAAGUAGAAAUCAAAUUAAAAAAGCUUAAUGAACUUGAGACAUCAAUUACAGCAGCAACGUCCAGGACACUUCCAAGCAUUAUCAGCUGGAAUGCAGAGAUUGACUUGGCUAGUCGUCCGUCAACGACAAGCUUGUCGAUCAAUUUAAUGAUGCAUGAAUGCGGUAAAUGUGGGGUGGCCUACGUUGAGGUUGAUGCUGCCAUAGGAGAAAUACUUGUUCAUGUGGGGUGGCCUAGGUUGAGACAACCUAAACAAACUUGGUCAAACAAAACUACAAAUACUUUUUUUUUACUACAUUUUCCAAAUUUAAUUUACAAAAAUAACAUACUUGUCUCAAAAUGAAAAUCUUUAAACUUCUUUCAAUUACUGUAACUUUCACAUUUUAUGACUAUAAUCGGUCGGUAGGUAAAUGUAACCUAAUAGUAAAUAAAAAAUCUUAAAAUAUAUUAAUAAAACACCGCAACACUAGAUUAUGAUCCCACUAAAUUGUGAAAGUCAUCUUAUAUUGUAUGAUUGAGCAGGAAGCCUAUUAAAGUAAAUUAGGUCCAUUGUAGGCUAUCUUGGAGAAUGUUUACAACCCCCAAUAAUAGCGAUUUAAGAGGUAAGAACUUUAGUUGAAAAUGAAAUCUGUCUGAAAAUAAAUGUAUGAGAGCAGCUUCAGAUGGUCCAUAACAAUGGUAUACAAGAAUGAUUCGAGUACCAUAACCCAAGCUAACAAUAAAUUAGUCAUUUGGGAAACAUUUGGUGGAGGUUGGUACUCAAAUCGUCUCUGAUGGGAAACAAGAAGGCGGAGGUUACUCUUUUGAAUGUACUCCUCUUGUUUUUACUAAUAUUUUCAUCCGCCGGAGACACUGCCGUUGUAUUAAAAGACAGAGAUGGAGAUUCCAUUGUUUCCGAGGGAGGAAGAUUUGAACUUGGUUUUUUCACUCCUCACGGAAGAUCAGACGCUAGAAGAUGCGGAAUAUGGUACUACGGCUUAGAACCGGAGGUGGUUGUAUGGGUUGCCAACAGAAACCAACCACUGUCCGACAGAAAUGGAAUUUUCGCCAUGGUAGGUGGGAAUCUCAAGAUAUGGGAUUCCAGCAGAACUUCGUUAUGGUCCGCCCUCCAGUUCCCUUCUAAUUCUAGUUACACAACAAUGGAGCUGAUGGAUUCUGGGAAUUUAGUUCUCAAGGAAUUAGGCGUCAAUGGCACAACUCUGUGGCAAAGCUUCCAAAAUCCAACCGAUACAUUUCUUCCGGGCAUGAACAUGACCGGCGACUUGAAGUUGACUUCUUGGAAAGCUUCAGACGACCCCUCGCCUGGGAGUUUCAGGUUUCUCAAGGAUACGGGUGGCCGGUUCAUUAUCGAGAAACAUGGUUCGCAGUAUUGGGUCAGCAAGGAACUAUGGCAAAAUUUCUCAACCGAGACUGAUGGAAUGAUUGUGGACGUAAUAGAGUUUCUGUCACUAAAUACUGUCGGUGGCUGGAAGGACACCGACUAUACAAGAGCAGUUAUGGAUUUCAGUGGGAAUGUACAGUACCUUGCUAGAAACAGAACGACUGGGGAAUGGGACGUCAUCUGGUCGGAGCCGAGAAACAAAUGUAAUGUCGUAUCAGCUUGUGGGACCUUCGCUAGCUGUCGGAGUGACACUAAACAUACUUGCAGGUGCUUGCCUGGGUUUGAGCCCGCGUCCAAGGAUGAAUGGGGGUCUGGUGAUUACUCGCAUGGGUGCAAGAGAAAGUCAGAAAUUUGCAUCAAGGAAGUGGUUGAAGCUCGAGAGUUUUUUAAAUUAAAUAUGAAGAUGAAAAGGACGUCGAAUAUUGUGAAAGUAAAUGGUGAUGGGGAAUGCAAAAGUAAGUGCCUUGAAUCUUGUACAUGUAAGGCGUAUGCUGAAAUAGGAAUCAGCAGAACCAAUAUUUUGUGCGCCAUUUGGGAAGAUGACCUCCAAAGCAUUUGGGAAUAUGCAGAUGAUGGUGGUGACGUUUACGUCCGUAUCAAACGUUCUGACAUUGAGUAUAUAACGGCACUCGACUGUGAAACAUGUGGAAGCAGUAUCGUCCCUUAUCCUCUGAGCACAGGUCCCAACUGCGGUGAUCCUAUGUAUGGUCGCUUCGAUUGUUUACUUACUUACAGCAUGUUCUACUUCCAGGCAGAAGAUGAUUCUUACGAGGUCACCAACAUCGAUCCACAAUCAAAUAUUUUUACCAUUGCAACAAACGGGUCUAUCUGUAGAGGUAAUGAUAAACAUGCAAUUCAAAAGCUACUGAAAUUAGAAAACUCGUCUACAUUCAAUGUAAAAAGUGGCUGUGACUCUGAAUUCCAUGAAAUUGAUAUUCAAUGGGAGAAACCAUUAGAGCCAAUCUGCAAUGCACAAAAGGAUUGCACCAAUUGGCAGAAUUCAUUAUGCAACUCAUCAACAGACGAAAACAGGUGCUUGUGCAAUUCUUCUUUUAACUGGACUGGUACCGGCUGCCGUGAUCUUCCAGAAGAUGGUUUGAACCAGCCAGAUCCAAUGAAGAGAAAUAUCAGAGUUGGUAUCAUCGUCCCAGAGACCAUUGCUGGGUUGAUUGUUAUUUCUUACUUGGUGUUGUAUAUUUACAAUAAAAGAGGGAAGGUAGAAAACACAAAAGAGGAGCAAACAACAAGUCUUGGGGGACAUCUGGUAAUGACCCACUUGUACGAAAGUGAGAUGCGUAUCAGAGACUUCAUGGGUUCCGGGAUGUUUGGAGAAGAUGAUAGAAAAGCCAUAGAAGUACCCGUUUUCGAUUUGGAAACCAUACUCAAUGCUACAGACAACUUCUCUGAAGCAAACAAAAUUGGACGAGGAGGAUUUGGGACAGUUUACAAGGGACUUUUUCCAGGAGGACUGGAAAUUGCAAUAAAAAGACUGUCCCAAGGUUCCGCUCAAGGCUUAGAUGAGUUUAAGAAUGAAGCGAUUCUCAUCGCAAAACUUCAGCAUCGAAACCUCGUUAGACUUUUGGGCUAUUGUGUUGCAGGAGAUGAAAAAAUUUUGGUCUAUGAAUAUAUGCCCAACAAAAGCUUAGAUUUUUUUAUAUUUGAUCGAACCCUAUGUUUGCUGGUGAAUUGGGAGAUGCGGUUUAAUAUCAUCAUUGGCAUUGCUCGAGGACUAGUUUAUUUGCAUGAAGAUUCAAGGUUGAGGAUUAUUCACAGACAUAUGAAAACAAGCAAUGUUCUGUUGGACGCAGAAAUGAAUCCUAAAAUCUCAGACUUUGGUUUGGCAAGAAUCUUUGAUGGCAAGCAAACAGAGGCAUUCACCAAGAGAGUUGUUGGAACUUACGGCUAUAUGUCCCCAGAAUAUGCGAUGGAUGGAUCAUUCUCAGUGAAAUCAGACGUGUUCAGUUUUGGUAUAGUUGUGCUGGAGAUUGUUAGUGGGAUAAGGAACACAGGGUUCUACCAGUCGAAAGAAGCACUGAAUCUUCUUGGAUAUGUAUGGAGGUUGUGGAGAGGAAAGAGAGCAACGGAAAUAGCAGAGGUAGCCAUGCGAGAAAGCUACAAUCCAAGUGAAGUUGUUAAAUGUGUGGCUGUGGGAUUGCUGUGUGUACAAGAAGACCCCAACGAUCGCCCCACCAUGUCAAAUGUGGCCUUUAUGCUCAGCUCCGGCAGUGAUCCUGCUUCUCUUCCAAUUCCUAAACAGCCAGCUUUCCUUGAUAAGAGAUCAACUCCUACUUCUUCUACAACAAUCUCUUUGGAGUUUAUGCAAGAAAAUGUAAACGAUGAUUUUAGCUUACCUAACCCUCUGGCUAAUUACCUGACCUAUAAUUUCAAUAUAUUAAGAGACAGUAAUGAAGAUUCUCAAGUCUCUGAUGGAGGAAGAUUUGAACUUGGAUUCUUCACUCCAGAGGGAGCCUCAGAAGCCACAAGAUACGUUGGUAUCUGGUUUCAUAAUUCCAAACCGCGGAUCGUUGUGUGGGUUGCCAACAGAGACCAACCACUGUCCGACAAGAAUGGAGUUUUUGCUAUCAAAGAUGGCAAUCUCAAGGUAUUGGCAUCAAACGGCACUUCUUUAUGGUCCACCGCCCUCGAUUACUCUCCUAAUUCAACAAUGGAGCUGAUGGCUUCUGGGAAUUUAGUUCUCAAGGAAUUAGGCGUCAACAGCACAACUCUGUGGCAAAGCUUCCAAAAUCCAACCGAUACGUUUCUUCCGGGCAUGAACAUGACCGACGACUUGAAGUUGACUUCUUGGAAAGCUUCAGACGACCCCUCGCCUGGGAAUUUUACGUUUCUCAAGGAUAUAGAAGGCCGCUUCGUCAUCGAGAAAAGUGGUUCGCAGUAUUGGGUCGGCAAGGAACUAUGGCAAAAUUUCUCAACCGAGACUGAUGGAAAUAUUGCUGAAGCCAUGGACUUAUUGUCAAAGAUUAGUGUCAGUGAUUUGAAGGCCACCAACUACACCGUUCGUUUUCAAAAUCAAGACUUGGAUUACAACUACACAAGAGCAGUUAUGGAUUUCAGUGGGCAGGUACAGUUCCUUGCUAGAAAUAGAGCGAGUGGGCAGUGGGAUGUCAUCUGGUCGGAACCGGAAAACAUAUGUAGUGUGGUAUCAGCUUGUGGGACCUUCGCUAGCUGUCGGAGUGACACUAAACAUACUUGCAGGUGCUUGCCUGGGUUUGAGCCAACGUCCAAGGAUGAAUGGGAUUCUGAUGAUUACUCACAUGGGUGCAAGAGAAAAUCAGAAAUUUGCAUCAAAGAAGUGGUUGAAGCUGGAGAGUUUUUGAAAUUAAAUAUGAAGGUGAAAAGAACGUCUAAUAUUGUGAAAGUAAAUUUUGGGGAAUGCGAAAGGAAGUGCCUUGAAUCUUGUACAUGUGAGGCGUAUGCUGAAAUAGAAGACAGCAGAGCCGAAUUUGUGUGCAUCAUUUGGGAGGAUGACCUCGAAAACACUUGGGAAUAUGCAGAUGGUGGUGGCGACGUUCACAUUCGUAUCAAACGUUCUGACAUUGAAUUGACAGAGCUCGAUUGUGAACCAUGUGGCAGCAACAUCGUGCCUUAUCCUUUGAGUCUGAGAACAGAAUUCGACUGCGGUGUUCCUCUAUAUCGUAACUUUAGCUGCAACACUUCUGCUGGUCAGGUCCUCUUUCACACGGCACAUGAUGACUACAACGUCACCAACAUGAACCCACAACUAAGAACUUUUACCAUUGCAACAAACGGGUCUAUCUGCAGAGGAAAUGAUAUAGAUGCAAUUCAAAAGCUUCUGAAACUGGAUCGCUCGUCUACAUUCAAAGUAAGCAGCGGCUGUGACUCUAAAUUCAAUGAAAUUGAUAUUCAAUGGGAGAAACCACUAGAACCAAUCUGCAAUUCGCCAAGAGGUUGCACCAAAUGGCUGAAUUCAACAUGCAAAUCAACAACUGAUGGAACAAAUACAAAUAGAUGCUUGUGCAAUCCUCCUUUAGAGUGGACUGGCAUGGGAUGCCUUAAACCAACAGUUAAUGUUCUUGUAGAGAAUGGUUUGAAUCAGCCACGUGGAAAGCAGAGAAAUAUCAGAGUUGGCAUCAUUGUCCCAGUGACUAUUGCUGGGUUGAUUAUUCUUUCCUGCUUGGUUCUGUAUAUUUACUACAAAAGAAGGAAGGUACAAGAUAAAAAAGAGCAAAUAGGAAGCUUUUGGAGAAAUCAGGAAGCUACUCACCUGUACGAAAGUGAGAAGCGUAUCAGAGACUUCAUGGGUUCCGGGAUGUUUGGAGAAGAUGAUAGAAAGGCCAUAGAAGUACCCAUUUUUUAUUUGGACACCAUACUCAAUGCUACAGACAACUUCUCUGAAGCAAACAAAAUUGGACAAGGAGGAUUUGGGACAGUUUACAAGGGACUUUUCCCAGGAGGACUGGAAGUUGCAAUAAAGAGACUGUCGCAGGGUUCAGCUCAAGGCAUGGAUGAGUUCAAGAAUGAGGCGAUUCUCAUCGCAAAACUUCAGCAUCGAAAUCUCGUCCGACUUUUAGGCUAUUGUGUUGCAGGAGAAGAAAAACUAUUGAUCUAUGAAUAUAUGCCCAACAAAAGCUUAGACUUCUUUAUAUUUGAUCGAACGCAAUGUUUAUUGGUGAACUGGGAGAUGCGUUUUAAUAUCAUCAUGGGCAUUGCUCGAGGACUAGUUUAUUUGCAUGAAGAUUCAAGGUUGAGAAUUAUCCACAGAGAUAUGAAAACAAGCAAUAUUCUGUUGGAUGCAGAAAUGAAUCCUAAAAUCUCAGACUUUGGUUUAGCAAGAAUCUUUGAUGGCAAUCAAAUAGAGGGAAUCACCAACAGAGUUGUUGGAACCUUCGGGUACAUGCCACCAGAAUAUGCAUUGGAUGGAUCAUUCUCAGUGAAAUCAGACGUGUUCAGUUUUGGUAUAGUUGUGUUGGAGAUUGUUAGUGGGAGAAAGAACACAGGGUUCUACCAGUCCAAAGAAGCACUGAACCUUCUUGGAUAUGUAUGGAAGUUGUGGAGAGAACACAGAGCAAUGGAGAUCGUCGCCUCGACGGUGCGAGAAAGGUGCAGUCCAAGUGAAGCUGUUAAAUGUGUGGCUGUGGGGUUGCUGUGUGUGCAAGAAGACCCUAAGGACCGCCCCACCAUGUCAAAUGCAGUGUUUAUGCUGAGCUCUGGCAGUGAUCCUGCUUCUCUUCCAAAUCCUAAGCAGCCGGCUUUCCUUGAUAAGAGGUCCACUCCUUCUACUUCUUAUGCCACCUCUUCGUCUGAGUUUAACCAAGAAAUUAUCCUGUUGUUGUACCUGCACUUUCCCUAUCCAAAAUGAACACAAACGUGUCAG